AUGCCCAAUGGAAAAGUUUAUUAUGAAGCUGAAAGGAUUUUAGAUGAGAAAUUGAUGGGGGAUGAACUGUAUUAUUCUAUUAAAUGGAAAGGGAUUGAUGAAAAUGGAAAGCCUUGGACCCCAACAUGGGAACCGGCAAGCUAUUGCACCCAGCCACUUAUUGAAUCUUGGGAACAACAAAAACGAGCAGCUAAAAGAAAGAUGAGAUCACCAACUUUACCACUGCCCGGGAAAAUAUUAUCACCAAAAAAAGAAGCAAGGAAGGUGUCAAAAAUAAAUGGGGGUUCUCGCAAUGAAAAUGAAAACGACCUUUCUCAAGUCGAUUGUGGGAGUAGGUCUGAAACCUCCAUGAUGAUUGAUUCAUCAAGCAAUGAAAAUAAAAUGACACCACCUUCUUCAAUACAUUCUAAAAUAAAACCAAUGACAAAUGGUUCAGACGGUGACAAUCCAUUGGCAUGUCAGAUACCAACGAUGCAUCGUUUAUCUCAUAGCCAGCUGGAUGUCAUGGUUCCUGUACCAUUAUCAUUGAUGCAACAAAAAGCAUAUCGUAAAAUUAUAUCUGCACCUCAUUUAACUCGAUCCUUUGCUCAAGAUUCGGUGCCUUUACCUCAGAAUUCACCCAUUUUAUUAGCUAAAGAGCAAUUACUCAUGGUUGUUAAUCAUCUAUCAUUACUUUUAUCUUCAAAUGAAUCCAAUAAUUGGAUAAAAGAUGUCGAUCAUACCGGAAAACUUGUAAUGAUACGGCAAUUGUUAAAAAUUUUAAGGCAUAAGAAUCUUGCUAUCGGAAUUUCAAUUCCUUCGGGAUUAAUGACGUCAAAUGGUCAUCGAUACAGAUUUAUUAACGAUCCUUCAAUUAAGAUUGAACCCAGUAAACAACCAGUUGCAGAAUUUUUUCAUAAUGGCUUAAUGUGUUUUAUUUUUUCAACAGCCUUGCAGAACAAAGAUAUUGAGUUACCAUCCCUCGAUCUUAUGAUUGCAUAUGACACAACUUUCGUUCCAGAAUCGAAAUUCGCUCAAUCUGUGUUCAAUAUGAACAUUCCGGUCAUCAGACUUGUUACCAAGAAUACUAUAGAACAUGCUAUGAGUUACCAAAUGCUAAUAGAGAAAAAGAAUCUUUCAAAUUUGACGCUUUCAGAAUUAAAAAAGGCUAUAACUUAUGGUGCAUGGAAAAGACAUCAGUUUAUUAUACCCGGUUGUGAAGUGGCGCAAUUUGAUAUCAAAGGUGUAUGCGAAAAGAUUGAAAAUUGGUUGGAUGAAGGAAAGCUAAGGAUUUUAAAUUUCGGAAUGGAUGCGGCCAUUGAGAAAAAUUGGGACAGGAGCACAUGUAUUGGAGGAUCAUCUGUGCAGCCGGGAAGUUCAGGAAAAAGGAUUUGUAUUGAUGUAGGAACUAAUAAAAGAAAAAAGGGUAAAGAAGUGAUUUCUACCGGGGAUGGUCUUUUAAAACCUCUAAAACCUAAAAAAAUAAAAAUUUCAACUGAUUCCAAUGAAGCUGAAGAAGUGAUUUCUACCGGGGAUGAUCUUUUAAAGCCUUUAAAACCUAAAAAAAUAAAAAUUUCAACUGAUUCCAAUGAAGCUGAAGAAGAUCCAAUAAUUAAAGUUGAAGCUCCAGAAAUUGAAAUUAAUCAGUUGGGAAAUGAACCGCCAACAUUUAAUUCACCUAAUCAUAUAAAUUCACCAGUGCCCGAAUCCUCUAGGCGUGUAAAUACACCAACGCUUGGAUCAACCAAAUUCUUAAAUGUACUAUCACGUAAAUCUCCUAAUCAUUCGAAUACAGUGUUUCGAUCUCCUAGACGUUUGUUUACAUCACCGCGAGAACAACCUAAGCGAUUGAGUGAUAAAGCUUCGGGAAAAUUAGUAUCUGAUCCUGUAGAGAGAUCAAAUACUCCGAUAAAAGAGCAGAAAGAACAAAAUGAAACAUCAGAAGAUUGGAAACAAAAAUUCAUUGAUCUGUGUAGUAAAUCUACACAACGUGAAGAAAUCAUAAACAAUCUUCAGGAAGAAAAUAACAAGUCUCGGGACUUAAUCAAUGAACUUAGUGCAGAACUUGCUAGCACUAGAAGGCAAUUGGGCGAGCUACAAGGACAACGGCGAAAACAGCAAGAGCAACAAAACAAUGAAGCAUUACGCGAACUAGCAAGCGUCCGGAAGGAGUUGGCAGAUUUAAAGAUCGAAUUUUCUAAAACAGAAAUGGAAUUGGAGGAAAAAAUUCAAGAAAAUCAAAAUAUGAAGAAAGAGAUGGAAGCAAAUAAAAAUACCAUAAAAACAUUAAAAAAUAAAAUACAUUCAUUACAAGACGAGAAUACAGCAUACAAACUUCAGGGUCGAACUACAUUGGCUGGUAAAACCAUUAAACGAACAGAAUCGAUGGAUGAACAGAUAAGAGCGUUAACUGAAGAAAAUGAGAACUUAAAAAAGAAAUUUGACCUUCAGGAACAUCUUCAUGAACAACAUUUAAGGAUUGCCAAUGAAAACAUUGAACAAUCAGAAGCUAUAAAAAAUCUUUUGAUGAAUCUUCAAGGCAAAACUGAAGUUGAUGUGAAGGUGAUGUUGGAUGAACAAAAACAAAACCAACAUUCUGCUAAAGGUCAUGAUAACACCAGUAAUAUUAGUAACGAUACAGUGAAUCAGACAACGAAAAGCAGUAACGGAAGUACUUCCAAGUUGUCAGCACCUAUUAAUAUAUUUUCACCUACACCCACUGCUAAUGCAUUUAAAAUAUUUUGA